AUGAGGACGGCAUCGAUCUGCUCCCCAUGCGCUGUGCGGGGCACGCACACCUUCACGAUCACCGGCUACAGCCUUCACAGGGGCCUUGGCGUCGGCAAGUUCAUGAAGUCCGCCUCCUUCGACGUCGGCGGCUACCUCUGGUGCAUCUGCUACUUCCCCGACGGGAUGGUGCGGACGAAUGGAGGUUACGCUUCCGUUUACGUUGGCCUUGCGAACGAGUUGGUUGAGGGGAGUGCGUCGGUCGAGGUCAGGUUGCUCGACCAGGCCAACAAACUGCCACCGUCAGUGGUUCUCUCCAAGAAAAGGAGGUGCUUCAGCCUUGCGUGUGUUGGCCAGUUCUUACAACCAUCGGCGUACCUGCGGGACGACAACCUCGUGAUCGAGUGCGAAAUCACAGUUUUCAAAGAACCCGAGGUGACGCCCACUGCGACUACCAUCGACAUCCCGGUGCCCCCCUCAGACUUGGCAGAGUAUUUCAGAGAGCUCCUACAUAAAGGGGAGGAAGCAGAUGUCGUCUUCGAGGUUAACGGCGAGGCUUUCCCUGCGCAUAAGAUUGUGGUUUCAGCGAGAUCGCCGGUCUUCAAAGCGGAGCUCUUUGGGCCGAUGAGCGACAGGACAAGGCGGAACAUAAUCGUUGAAGAUAUGCAGCCUGCUGUUUUCAAGGCGCUGCUGCACUUCGUCUACACGGAUUCGUUGCCUCCCGUGGAAAACCUAGAUGCCGACGAGGGUAAAGAAAUGGUUAGGCACUUGCUCGUGGCUGCAGAUAGAUAUGCGAUGGAAAGGAUGAAGUUGAUUUGUGAGAGCAUCCUUUGCAAAGGUCUUGACGUUGAGAACGUCACUGGUACAUUAGCUCUAGCUGACCAGCACCACUGCAGCCAACUCAAAGAUGCUUGCCUUGAGUUUAUCACUUCUCCGGAAAGAAUGGAUGAUAUCAUGGCAAGCCAAGGGUAUGCUCGCCUCAAAAGAUCCUGUCCUGCUGCCGUAAUAGAUGUCUUCGAGAGGGCCAAAAAGUCCCGUAUAAUUUAG